AUCUCUUUGUUUUGUUUAUCUUCUGCUCCGUUGUCGCAGUAAAAAGAGGAUCUUAAGUAAAAGAUUUUUGGCCUUUUCGUGUGUGGAAUUAGCAAAUUUGAUUCGUUUCGUAACUCCCGCAAUCGUUCCCGUUGAAGAACCAUCCGCGGAACAUCCAGCACAUCCAAGAUGUUUCCCCAACAAACAAUGAUGAACAGCAACCUAAUGAUGCAGCAGCAGGCACAACAACAGGCCCAACAGCAGGCUCAACAACAGGCCCAACAACAGGCCCAACAACAGGCGCAGCAACAGCAGGCUCAGCAGCAAGCCCAGCAACCGAAUCAAGCGCAGCAAACCGAAAAGGUCGACAACAUUUCGAAGGUGAAGGGCCUUGUUGGCCCACUGCGAGAUGCCCUUUCGACCACCAUCAAAACGGCAGCCCAGCUCAUCCAACAGAACAAUCUCACCGACGCCGGAUCGAAAGCGGUGGACCACAACAACACCACGCCACGGUUCGACAAGCACCUGGAAGAGUUUUACUCCAUCUGUGAUCAGAUCGAACUGAACUUGAAAACGGCCAAGCUGUGCUUGCAACAGUGUUCCUCGUCCCAAACGUAUCUGCCCAUCCCGGUGGCCACGAGUCAACAGCCACCGCCGGAAACCAAUGCGCUCACGUACAACCAGUACCUGGAGGUGGUGAAGCUACAGAUCGGCUACGCCAAGGACAUCCACGAUACGCUCAUCUGUGCGGCCCAGAAUAUCUCUCCCAGCGAAUGAUAAGCCCGCCAGCCCGCAUCGAGCACGGCUUCUACAGUUUAUUUGUUUUCCACAUGUAUGGCAUGAGAUUGAGUAAUAUAAGCAUGAGAUUGACUGAAAUCC